CGGCUCACAGCACGGCUGCACCUUGGUCCUCAUCUUUCAACGGCCGUGACACUGUACCUGUUUCUGGACACGUUACAGACUGGAAUGAAAUGACUGGACACCUCUGAAUUUCUGAGAGUCGUGUGACUUAUCUACUGUACAUCUGAUUCAUGAGUUGAUGCAUUUACAUAGUGGUGGGUGGAUAUGGGAGUCCUGGGGCAUGACAUCUUCCCACUUCCUUACACACAACAGACAGGAUGUGGGUGUUCUUCAGCAAACAACAUCAURUGCGGUUGUUCACAUUUGCUUAACUUUUUAAGACGUGCAACUGUAGGAAGUCCACUCUGAAGAUAAUCAAUGGUGAUGCAAUACAAAAUGGAUGCACAUACUGUAUAAGAAAAACGGAAUGUUACCAACGUUUKUGAAAAGCCAAAGGYAAGCCAAUACAACAGGAAGGCAGAUAUAGGAGCAGUCACUCCAAUCAGUUUUGUAACAACCUUUAGAAACCUGAAGUAUUCCAACAUGUUUUUUGGGGACGGCCUGAUUGUUAGACAGUUUGUAGAUAGCAGGGAAACUCUUCUUUUCAGUGUAAAACUUUUUCCUUGGCAAGCUCAAAGCAGGUUAGUUUAGCUCAGCCAUCUGAAGAUCGUGUAAUUGGUCCCUUGAUCAAACAGGGUGAUUGAACAGGGCAAUACAGCUAUAGUGUGAAGGGACAUUGGGCACAAAUCUUGUUUUAUGUUCGUAAAGGAUAUUGGGAUUUGGAAUACCGGUACAUUGCCAUUUAAUUGGAUGAUUUUGUCUAUUGGUUGUUGUUCUACUACGUUGUAUUGUUUCUAAAAAAGCUAUUCCUUUAGAACUGUGGAAAAAUCCAGUUUAACAAGGUACUUUACCCUACUGUGCUGAUUGCUUUGACAUAAAUCUCUCCAACAGGAAGCACUUUUCCCUGCAAAAUGUAUGUUAUGCGCAGUUCCAGCUACUUAUCCGAAACCAGAAGAUGAAAUGAAGGCUUGUGUUGCCACACAUCUUUUUUGUAACUGUCACAACUCUCCAUUAGCAACGGAAAGAAAGCAACUGUUGUUCUAACGCCACGGAGAUGCUCUCCUGUCACUUCACGUUAAACAUUCUAAAGAGUUCACAUUUUAUUUGAGUUUCUUUUGUGUUUAGGGUUCUAAUGGGAUGAUCAAUGAAUUUGUAGAAAUGCAAAUAAGGUACAGUGUCCUGCAUCUGCUGCUGUAGUAGAAGAGAAGCUSUGAACAACAUUGACCAAAUAAACCUCAUCGAAUAAAGGGAACAUAUUCACUCCCUUACAUGACAUGAAGUCCCACAGAUGUCAGGAAGUUGACGAUUCUGAUGAAAUCUGUCUUCCCUCGUUCUUCGUUGCGCAAAAGGGAAUAGCACAAAAUGCCUGCCUUAAAAUGUGAAAACUGUGUAGUAGAGUAAAGAUGCACAAAAUCCCAUAGAUCAUCAGUCAGAUAUCAAAGCACACCACUGCUAUCUCUGGACAGAUCUCAUACUUUGAAUURAGUAACGCAAAGACAAUUUACUAAAAUGUCUGUCAAUGGGACAWAGGUUUAUGUGAUCAUUCACAGUGGAGUCCAGUCAGCCUGCAUUAAAKGAGUCAAUGAUCACAAAAAUGAGGGAAAAGUUGAUAAUAUUGUCAUGUAUUAACAGCCAUUUAUUUGACAUGAAAUGCACAUAAUGUGAAUCUAUGGUAAUGUUUCAUUUGAUUUCCAAACCUAACCUUUUCAUUGUUUUCCCAAUAGGCAACCACCAACAUGAUUAUCAACAUAGUCACCUGGAUCUUACCCAGGCCCACACACCUAAAAUUGGCCACAGACAAAUGAGACAUGACAAGCCCCAGCGCAUGAACAACAUCCUAACCUCGCAGACAGAGCCAUACGACCUGGACAUGUCCUUCUCACGCUCCUUCCAGAACCUCACCCACCUGCCUCCCAACUACGAGCUGGCGGCAAUGAGCAAAGCUGACUUAAGUAAAUACUCCUCUCUCCACAAAUUAAGUGAUAAGGACAUAGAUGAGUACUACARGCGGAAGCGACACCAAGACUUGGCAGGUCGGCAGAUUCUGCAGCCGCCCCACAUGGUGAAGCUGAACACAGAGCCCCACCAGCAGCACCGUCAGCGGCCUCACCGUGUCCAGAGGYCCAUGUCCCAGGACCAUGUGCUGUCCCCAGAGAGGACCCCACGUCAUGGCUACGGCCUCUCYGCCUACAACAUGGGCYUCUCUUCCUACGGCAGCCGCAUUCUCUCAGAGGAGCAGCUGCUCUCCGCAGACCGCCUGCAGUCCCAGGACCCCCUGCUCUCGCCGGACAAGAUGCUGUCGCUGCGGCGCUCCAACUUCCGGGAGAAGGCCAUGUCGCGGGCCAUGUCCCAUGUAGACAUCAACUUUGUGCCCACCACACCUGUCAUGGACCGCAGUGAGCGCUACGCUAAGAUGCAAAAGAUGCACUCCCAUCCCACUACCAUCAACGACUCAUACAACACACUCACCGUCAACCACCCGACCACCAACAAGAGGCAGCAGUUUGCCUCACGACGGACACACACGGUGGACCAUCUACAGUACAUCCCAGGCCACCAYCACAACAACCAGUACCGCACYGCCAGUAAGAACGAGGUAACUGUUUAACGAGAGGGUGGCUGGCCAAGGAUUCCUGUGUCAACAGACUGUCAACAGAUGAAAACAGCAGAUACUUCCAGAGGUGUGCAACCUCACCAUAGGUCUUCUUUUCAAAGUAGCCAACAACUAACCCUUCUUGCUUUCAGCUCAAGCUCUCUGUUUCAUUCAGAUUUGGAUUAUCACAACUAGAAUCAACAACCACAAAGACAUCUGUWCUUUCUCUAUAGGGCAACAUAAGGGCUUUGCACGUUGACACAUAAGGAAUGCUUUAUGUGAGGUUAUUCGUAAGAKGACAAUAUUUUUUAAAAAGGGGAAUUGGAAAGGAACUGGAUCAACUUUAUAAAUAUAUACAUAUAUUUACUAUUUGUAUUUUCAGUCCUUGUUAUAGCUUUAGAGAUUCUUAUUGAACUUAACUGGUGUUAGAACUUCAAGAGGUGCCUCUCGYAAUUGUUCCCAWUUCAAUGAUGAKGUGGARUUGUGGGUUAAAAAGCACAAUUAAUGMMUUUUUUCUCUGUUGAUUUAUUCUUGUUUUUUGGUAACGGKCAGCACAUAUCAGCUUAUUAGUGSAUAUAGUGGCAAUUUCCGUUGCAUAAAUGAUUGUAAAUAGGCUAUAUUAGCAGAAGUAUACACUAAAUGAGAAGAGCUGGACAAGUGGAAUUGUUGAGUUUCUACCCAAGAGUCUACAGUCUUUUCACAAUUAAAGAUCACAAUUUCAGAUUAGUCCAACCCCUCAACAAAUACUUGAUACUAACAAACAUGUACAAUAAUGUGUGUGCGUAUGUGUGUAUAUUUUUGUAACUGUGCUUGUAGGAUGAUUGUGUAUGGCUAGGGUUGAAUCAACCUCWUGCCACUGUUAAUUGGCAGCUUUAGACUGUAGGCACACUACUCCACAGGUGACCAUGUAAYCUAAUGCUUCUUUCAAUAGCUUCAUUUUCUGCACUCAUUCCCUCGCUAUAUAAUCCAAGUGGAUGACAUCCAUUUUGUUUUGAGUUGGGAAAAGCUGCAUUCAUUUUGAUAUACAGUAUUGUUGUAUAUUUGACUCCAUCAGAGUUGAAGAAUAGUAGUUGUUGUUAUGUGUUUACAAUUGUUACAUUGUUGCAGGUGUGUUGACGUACCUGAAACAAUCAACAAAGAGGACAUCAAUAUAAUCACUAGCUAAGCAAGGAUUAAAACUGUGAUUUUUAUGUCCAGAUGUUUUCAUUAAAGCAAUGCCUUAUUGUGUGGAAGCCCAUACUCAUGUUCUUAAUGUACAAUCACGCUUGUGUUUUUAUGUCUUGUGUCUAACGUGUUGAUCCGUAACCAGCUUUGUAUGUCAUUUUUUAUCAUGGAUGAUUUACCAGCACUAUAGAAGCAAAGGACAGAAUCAGUUUCGGUGAUAUACCUCAGAAUCUAUAGGACACAAAUUUUACAAGGAUGAAAUUCUUAAAUUAACAAAAUGUUCUUUGAAAAGAAGCAAAGGAAGUGAUUAUUUUAAGCAAAAAACAUAAUAAACUAGAAUUGAAAAAAUAUUUCACAUGAUWAAAAAAAAUGUCUUCCACAUUWUCGAAUUCAUCCAGACUUCCUUGUGGACUCCCGCUGUGUCCUCUUAUACUUACAGAGUAACAGACACAUCAAGUACAUGAUUUGUCGUUGUUUUUACUUUUCAACUAUCUCUUCAGUUAACAAGAAAGUCCAAAUAUUAUCGUAAAAUCCUGGGUCAUGGAAAUGGGUAUAUAGACAUUUACUGUAGAGAUGUUGUUAUAUAAAUUUGCUGGUCAUUGUCAAUUUCAAACAUUGUCACUGGUGUGCUACCUUAAAUGUUAGGAGCUUGCAUAAUAUUGUUACAACUUGUGCAGUGUGUCCAUAUUUAAGACUUAAUUUUGCUUUGUCGUUUUGUCAUUACAACAGAGGCUAACAUUGCAAUUUUUCUUAUUAAAUGAUAUGCGUAUAUCAUUAUAUGACUAGCUAUAUUAUACUGUAUGUUCACAUGCAAUGUAGACACAGUAGAAAUUGAUGCACUUGAAAUAUUAAGAGCAAUUAUUACACUAGUUUCAAGCCCCUGUAUCAGCUAAGAUACUGAGAGGAUAGCAAAUAAAAUGUCAUUUAUUUUGAGGUUCAAGUUAAGGCCAGAGUACCAAAAAAAACAUGAUAGUUCAGUAUGGAGUUUCAUAGUCCUUGUCAAGCUCCAAUGAUAGUUUUAUAGCCAUUUUUUGUUGUUGUAGCUAUGUCAGAGAAAGAAAAAAAAAUUGCAACGAAAAAAUGACAUUUGAUGGCCCUGACUCUGACAUGGUGGACCUGCAACACUGUGUUGUACUGAUGUUACACCACCGGAAUCUUACAGACAUGUCUCUAAGCAACCAUCUGUCUGGCUCAAAUACAUCCACCCCAUUGCAGAGCUCUGGUUUUACUUUCCAGUCAGUCAAUGAUAUUGCCCACAAGAAGCUUUUCCCACACACAUGAGGCUAGAGCUCAGUUUUGGCAGUAGGUUCUGAGACUAACGUGCUGCUAAGUUGUUGCGUCCCAAGAUCUGUCUGCUGUAAAAGCACUGUUUACUUUUGUUGCAAAUAUUCCUUGCCAUUUAUUAAGCUUGUAUUUUUAUGUGUCAAUGUGGUAUGAAUGAAAAUUCCUUUGUGUCUUUGUUGCACAAACAAUGGAGGACUAAUUUAAAAGGCUUCAAAGCAAGCAGUAUACGACUGUUCCUGUGCAAAUGUUUUUGUUUACAAAUGAAUUAUUAAAGCACAUCCCAUGUGUAUUGUACAAAACAAUAAUCAGUUUAGUAAAUAUGGAGUCUGGGGGAAUUUUUUCACAUAUUCAUUUAAACAAUAUUCACGAAUUAGAGUGAAUUGGUAAUAUUGGUAUUAUGUUUUUUCAUGGCUGAGGUAUAAACAUAUAACUAACUGUAAAGAAUGACAGAGAACCAUAACCCACAUCUACUGUAUAUAUGGAAUUAUACAACUUGUUUGACAGUCUAAUAAAUGUAUAAACCUAAACAUUUCAACAUCAAAUUAGCAUGUACCCCAUAGAUAUAAUACUAUGGACCUCCAGGUUAAGUUACAAAUCGUUGUUAUCCUGUCACCUAUAUUAACUAGACUAAAUGCUACUCUGAGAUUUCUGCAAGAAGUUGCCCAAAUUGCAACCUCACCCACAAGGUCUUACACGCCACACAUUUGGAAUACACAUGAAACAAGAUAAAGAAACAACAUCUUUAUCCAKUGCAGUGCAUUGAUGACAAGACCUGCUAUAGUAUAUCCCUUUGUCCUUUGUCAUUAAAUAAAGUUUCCAGUGCUCRUCCACUGCUGCAGUUUGUAUAAWUCUAUUGGUAGGUAAAGUUGUUAACUACACAUUAKUGAUUAAAWUCAAUAGGGGAGCAUUAUCAACUCUUUUUUCCCCUCCUCUUCCCCUGAGAGUUUGAAUCUYCUGUAUUGUACUAUCGACAGAGGUCAUUGACCUAAUGGCACUCACAGUAACAACAGAARACAUUAUGACUGCCAUUACUCUGAUGACACACAUAUUAAUACCCACUGUUUCCAGAACAGCCAGUGCAAUUUCAAAGCCUCUUUAAAUUCAUAGAGUCAGAAGAAAACAUUUCGUCGCAACAUGAAAACAAAAGCCUUGUGGUUACAAUUGUGUACAGAUAAAUGGGAAACAGCUAUGGUUUUCACUUUGUGUAGGACCCUCCCAUUUGCAUUUAGAUGGGAAUAGGUCAUGGCUAUUGGAACAUGUGAGGUAAGAASGAAACAGCAGUGGUCAGACACAUUAACAGACAGAAAGGAAAAUGA